CACAAAACACGCGCAAAAGUGGAGCAACAGAAGUGUCGUCAAUUCUACUUGCUUGAAAGGCGCAUAUAUGUCAAAAGCUGCGAGUCCGACAUGGUCGCUCAAGCUCUCUUCGCUUUCAUCAUCGGGCUCCUCGGAGUCCAUUAUUGUGCUGGUUCUGGCGGAGUUCGUCCACAGCCGGAAUGCGGAAUGAACGAGAUUUCUUCUGAGUCAUGCAAGUUCCCGGAAAGAUACUGUGGGGGCCCUAACUCGAGGCCUCAAAAAAACAGGGAUGGGUGUCGUCCUUGCGUCUGCAGGCCGGGUUACGUGCGUAACUCCAAAGGAGAGUGUGUCUCGGCCUCAGAUUGCAAUAAGUGCAGGGCAGAUGAGUUCUCGGAAUACCAGGAGUGCGGCACCGCAUGCCCCUUGAUAUGCGGGGAGCCCGUGCCUGAAGUGUGCAUUCUGCUCUGUGUCGCUGGCUGCUUCUGCUUGCCGGGUUACAUAAGAUCCAGCAAGGACGGCCCCUGCGUUCCAAUUGACACCUGUCCCCCAAAAUGCGGGCCUCACGCUCAUUUCAGAAGGUGCGCUUCCAACUGUCCAGCAGUCUGCGGCAAGAAGCCUGUGGCUUGUACUCAAGUCUGCUUACAAGCGGGCUGCGACUGCGACGAGGGCUACAUUCUCAGUCCGGACCGAUCUCGAUGCAUCUCUGACGAAGAAUGCAGACGCAUGCGGCCUCGACAGUAACCGCUCCUACCUAUCUUAUCGAGCAACAAUAAAUUUGAAUAUUGGGGUA